CUGCGCCUAGGAUACUGCCCUUCUCACUUUCGUGAGUCGACCACGGUCGUCCUGCGCAAGCCAGGCAAAGACAACUACACUGUACCUAAAGCAUACCGGCCGAUCGCGCUACUUAACACAGUCGGCAAAGUCAUGGAUGCUGUUAUUGCCCGGCGACUUAGCCACCUAGUUGAAACACAGCACGUGCUG